UAUAAUUUUUUUUUUACUGGCCCGGAAAUAAUAAUAACCAGAGGAGGUUCGUAGCAACACGUUUCAGCACUUCUUUCUGCUUCUCAAAAAUAUCUCCUCUCGAGAGGCUUUACCGAAUCCAAAACUUCGUCUCUCUAUCUAUCUCUCUCGACUCUGCUCAAAGUAAAACUCCAAGUCAUGGGAGAUCAUCAAAACGACGACGUUUUCUCCUUCUUCACAACUCCCAACGACUCCGACUUCUCCUCCGCCGCGGCUACUCCGUCGACGCUUUUUAACCCUUGCUCAUACUCCUCCUCCUCCUCCGGCGACGAAUCUCACCCUUCUGCUCCCUCCGUCGACGACAGCAACAAGCGAAUCGACUACAUGAUCCAGUUCCUCGACCGGAGGCUCAGCCGAGACGGCAAUUUCGACGCGAUCGGGCCUGAGAACGACGCUGACGGCUCCGAUUCCCUGCCGGAGUUCGUCGGGAAGUGCGGGGGGACCGGGAUCUUCAAGGUUCCGAUCAGGUCCGCAGUUCAUCCGAAUCGGCCUCCCAGCCUCGAGGUUAGGCCUCAUCCUCUGAGGGAAAGUCAAAUCGGGCGGUUCUUGAGGACGAUGACGAGUACGGAGAGGCAACUGUGGGCUGGAGCCGAGGACGGUGGGUUGAAGGUGUGGGACUUCGACGGACUGUACGGAAGCUGGAGGAGAUUAGAGGUGGAGGAUACGGCGCCGUAUAAGGAGACCUCGGAGGUUGAGAUUGGGUCCUCUGUUGUUUGUAUGAUUGGAGAUGAAGGUAGUAGAGUGGUUUGGAGUGGGCAUAGGGACGGGAGGAUUAGGUGUUGGAAACUGAGAGAUGACCAUGUGAUUGAAGAAGCUUUGUCAUGGCAAGCUCAUCGCGGUCCGGUGCUCUCCAUUGCCAUCUCCUCUUACGGAGAUAUAUGGUCCGGGUCUGAGGGAGGCGCUCUUAAAGUUUGGCCCUGGGAAGGUCUGGGGAAGUCUCUUUCUUUGAAAAUGGAACAGAGGCACAUGGCUGUGAUAUCAGUAGAGAGAUCGUAUAUUGACCCAAGGAACCAGACUUCGGCCUAUGGUUUUGCUAAUACAUUGACAUCAGAUGUUACAUUCUUGGUAUCUGAUCACACAAGGGCAAAAGUAUGGAGUGCUAGUCCCCUGACGUUUGCUUUGUGGGAUGCGCGCACAAGGGAUUUGAUCAAAGUAUUCAACAUUGAUGGGCAGCUUGAAAAUCGAAAUGACAUGUCCGCAUUUCCUGAUUUUGGCAUUGAUGAAGAUGCCAAGAUGAGGAUUGCCACUGCUUCAAGGAAAGAGAAAAGUCAGUCUUCUCUUGGAUUCUUUCAGCGGUCGCGUAAUGCUCUUAUGGGAGCAGCUGAUGCUGUUCGCCGUGCUGCAGUGAAAGGGGGGUUUUGUGAUGAUAGUAAAAGGACUGAGGCCAUUGUCACAUCUGCUGAUGGACUCAUUUGGACUGGAACUGCAAACGGCGUAGUUAUGCGAUGGGAUGGGAAUGGUAAUUGCUUGCAAGAGUUCUCAUACCAGUCUUCUGGUAUUCUCUGCAUGUUUACUUUUUGUUCUCGGCUCUGGGUUGGUUAUUCCAAUGGAACUGUUCAGGUAUUGGACCUUGAGGGAAAGCUGCUUGGAGGAUGGGUGGCUCAUAGUGGCCCUGUAAUAAAAAUGGCUAUUGGUGGUGGUUAUUUAUUUACCCUUGCGUAUCAUGGAGGUAUCCGAGGUUGGAAUGUUACUUCUCCAGGUCCCCUUGACAAUGUAUUGCGGGCUGAGUUGGCUGGGAAAGAAUUUUUGUAUUCAAGGAUCGAGAAUCUGAAAAUAUUAGCUGGCACGUGGAACGUUGGAGAGGGUAGAGCAUCAACCGACUCAAUUGUAUCUUGGUUAGGCUGUGCUGCAACUGGAGUUGAGAUCGUAGUUGUUGGACUGCAAGAAGUUGAAAUGGGAGCAGGAGUUCUUGCAAUGUCCGCAGCAAGAGAAACAGUGGGACUUGAGGGUAGUCCACUAGGUCAGUGGUGGAUGGAUCUGAUAGGGAAAACUUUGGAUGAGGGUUCAUCGUUUGUUCGUGUUGGCUCUAGGCAGCUAGCAGGGUUGCUCAUAUGUGUAUGGGUGAGACAUGACCUUAAGCCUCACGUGGGAGAUGUAGACGCUGCUGCGGUUCCUUGUGGUUUUGGACGAGCGAUUGGUAAUAAGGGAGCAGUAGGUGUUCGACUCAGAAUGUAUGAUCGAAUACUGUGCUUUGUAAAUUGUCAUUUUGCUGCACACCUUGAAGCUGUUAGCCGGCGAAAUGCUGACUUUGACCAUGUUUAUCGAACAAUGGCCUUUUCACGCCAGUCUAGUUCACUCAGUUCAGGAGCUGCUAGUGCUUCAGUUGGUGUCUCGAUGCCUCGUGGUGGAAAUGCUGUCAACACAUUUGAAGCAAGGCCUGAAUUAUCUGAAGCAGACAUGAUCGUAUUUCUUGGAGAUUUUAACUACCGCUUGGACGAUAUAACUUAUGAUGAAACAAGGGAUUUCAUUUCUCAAAGAUGCUUUGACUGGCUAAGAGAAAAAGACCAGCUACAUACUGAAAUGGAAGCUGGGAAUGUCUUUCAAGGGAUGCGUGAGGCAAUUAUCAGGUUUCCUCCAACAUACAAGUUUGAAAGGCACCAAGCUGGUUUAGCAGGAUAUGAUUCUGGGGAAAAGAAGCGGAUUCCUGCCUGGUGCGAUAGGAUUCUAUAUCGGGAUAGCAAGAGUCAUGUGGGAGCUGACUGCAGUUUGGAUUGUCCAGUGGUGUCUUCUGUAUCACAGUAUGAUGCGUGCAUGGAUGUAACAGACAGUGACCACAAGCCUGUGCGCUGUGUAUUUAGCGUAAAGAUCGCCCGGGUCGAUGAAUCAGUUAGGAGACAAGAAUUGGGGAACAUCAUAAACACGAAUAAGAAAAUCAAGGUCAUGCUUGGAGAGUUAAGCAAGGUUCCAGAAACAGUUGUCAGCACUAAUAAUAUAAUUCUCCAGAAUCAUGAUACAACGAUUCUGCGUGUCACGAAUAAGAGCGAGAAGCACAUUGCUUUCUUCAAAAUAAUCUGUGAAGGUCAAUCUAUCAUAGAGGAAGAUGGUCAGGCACACGACCAUCGAGCAAGAGGCUCUUUCGGAUUUCCCCAGUGGCUGGAGGUGUCUCCAGGAACGGGGAUAAUCAAGCCGAACCAAAUAGCCGAGGUCUCAGUCCGCCUCGAAGACUUCCCAACGGUAGAAGAGUAUGUGGACGGUGUUGCACAGAACUCAUGGUGUGAAGACGCAAGAGACGAGGAAGUCAUAUUGGUGCUCGUGGUGCACGGAAGGUUCUCGACCCAAACAAAAAACCAUAGAAUACGUGUGCGUCAUAUCCCUCGUGGAUGCACCACGGCAAAGAAACAUUACGAUGAUAGACCCAAAACCUCAGGACAAAUAAACGCUCUUCAUCGAUCCGAUUAUCAACAGCUAAGCAAUACGCUUGAUGUGGUUGAGCAGUUAAAGGAACUCGCACAGUCCAUAGAAGAGGAGCCACCUCUCUCUCGGAGGGGUCUUUUGUAAGUGAGCUUGAAAGCAACUCUUGCCUUUUAUGGAUUCUAAUGGGGGAUAUUUGUGUGAAAAGACCACAAAAGAAAGUGAUUAGCUUCUUGCGUUUUUUUUGUUUUAGAGGCUGAUAUGUUGUUGUUGCUUAUGAUUUGUAAUGUAACUUUUAUUGUUUUGUAUCUCUCUCUCAAUAAUACACUGAUAACUAAAGUGAUGAAUUUGUAUUAA